AUGGUGACGGUGCGCAGGCCGUGGCCCGCCAUGGUCACAGUGCUGCUGGCCCUGCUCGUCUGCUUGGGGGCGCUGGUCGACGCCUACCCCGCCAAACCAGAGGCUCCUGGCGAAGACGCCUCGCCAGAAGACCUGAGCCGCUACUACGCGUCGCUGCGCCACUACCUCAACCUGGUCACUCGGCAGCGGUAUGGGAAACGUGACAGCCCCGAAGCUCUCCUCUCCAAACUGCUUUUCCUGGAUCGCGAGGACCGCCCCGUCAAGUCGCAACCAGAAGGCGCCUACAUGUGGUGA